AUGCAGCCCGCAGUCCCUCGAACACCCAGUCCCGAUGCUGGCGUCGCCCACAUUCUCGGCAUCAACCACUACAACAGCGAGGAGAACGAAUGGAAACAGGUCCAAAAUACCGAAGAAGCAAAUGCCAACACUCAGCCCCGCUCAAACUUUGCCCUAAUAACAUGGAAUGUGGACUUCGUCUCCUCUGAGCCUCAAGACCGGAUCAGUGCCGCCAUGUCAUAUCUCCGCUCCAUGCUGAUCAGUGGAACCGAAGAUCCCGACACGAUCUCCCCGGCCGUUAUAGUGUUACAAGAAGUUAACCACGAAAUGAUCAAAUCGCUAUCAGAGAACGAAUGGGUACGAAAGAACUUCUAUAUCACGGAUGUCGUCAGCGAUAAGGGUAUUUGGCAGAAAAGCCACUAUGGUACCGUUACGUUGGUGGAUAGGAGGAUUAAAGUCAAGAACGUGAUUCGACUACAUUACGACUCGAACAUGGAUCGCGACUGUUUAUUCGUCGAUAUCGAAGCCGUCUCAUCGCGUACAUCGGAGGUCGUCACCGUCAGAGUCGGAAAUACACAUCUUGAAUCCCUCGUAGGCGCGAAACCCUGGAGGUUGGAACAACUCAAGCUGGCGGCGAGAUUCGUGCUUUACGAUACAAAUGUUUAUACUGGGUUAAUAGCUGGAGAUAUGAACCCUAUCGACCCAUACGAUCUGAAGAUUGCGGAUGAAGCGGGGCUGAAAGACGCUUAUCUGGUAGGUGGUGGGUCUGAGGAUAAUGCCAGAGGCCAUACCUGGGGCUAUCAGACUGAGAACAACCAGUUCCCCAAAAGGAGAUUUGACAAAAUCUUCCAUCCUCCUAGUGAUAAGAUCAAGGUCGAACAGGUAGAGCCGAUCGGGAUCGGAGAGAAAACACCAGAAAAGCCAAAAGUCUACAUUUCGGACCACUAUGGAGUUUUUGGGAAUGUUCGGAUAUUGUAA